UACUACAUGAUUCUUUUCCCAAAAGAUGGAUCAGAACUACCAACUACAUAAUUAUGUUGGUAUAAGAAGUGCAUUUUUCUCUGAAGUUGGCCUUGGGAUCUCAGGCAACACCAUUCUUCUUCUCUUCCUCAUCUUCACAUUUCUUCUCCAGCACAGGCUUAAGCCUAUCGACCUGGUCAUUGGUCUCUUGGCCCUAAUCCACCUGGGGAUGAUGAUAAUUGUGGUGUAUACAGCUACAAACUCUUUUGUGUCUCAGGACUUUUGGGAUGACAUCAAAUGUAAAUCCAUAAUCUAUUGGCACAGGUUUUUCAGGGGCUUCUCUAUUUGUGCCACCUGCCUGCUUAGUGUCCUCCAGGCCAUCACCCUCAGCCCCAGAAGCUCCUGCUUGGCCAAGUUUAAACAUAAAUCCCCACAGCAGACCCUGUGUUUUCUUGUUUUCUUGUGGGCCUUCUACAUGUCCUUGAAUACUCACUUCUCAUUGUCUUCUACUGCCAUUCCAAAUGUGACCUCAAAUGUCAUUGUGUUUAUUACUGAACCCUGCAAAAUUGUACAAAUGAGUUAUUUCCUCAGGCAUUUAUUUUCUGUAUUUGGUGUAUUCCGGGAUGUCUUUCUUAUAGGACUUAUGGCUCUCUCAAGUGGAUACAUGGUGGUUCUCUUGUGCAGGCAUAAGAGGCACUUUCAGCACCUUCACAACACCAGCCUUUCUCUAAAAGCAUCCCCUGUGCAGAGGGCCACCAGGACCAUCCUCUUGCUUAUGAGCUUCUUUGUGCUCAUGUACUGUUUGGACAGCAUCUUCUCCUCCUCAAGAACUAUGUGGAGCAAUGAUCCUGUCUGUUAUUAUAUCCAUUUGAUGAGGGCCACCAGGACCAUCCUCUUGCUUAUGAGCUUCUUUGUGCUCAUGUACUGUUUGGACAGCAUCUUCUCCUCCUCAAGAACUAUGUGGAGCAAUGAUCCUGUCUGUUAUUAUAUCCAUUUGAUGGUGGCCAAUGGCUAUGCCACAACAUGCCCUUGGCUGCUAAUCCGUAAUGAAAAACAAAUUAUUAACUUCUGGAAAUCUUUCUUGGUGAAGAUGGAACAUAUUUAACUACUGAUGAUAGAUAAGUUUCCCUAAUCUGCCAAUACACUGGCUUUUGAACAAUUAAAUCACAGCAUAGAAUGUAUGCUCUCUGGAUUAAGAGACUAUGGGCAUAUGCAUGUUGGGUUAAAUGUGUUACUUUGAGACAUGUGAAUAACAAAUAUAUUAUAGAAAUGUCAAUGUCAUACCUUUUUGAAA